AUGGGUCUCGCUAACGACAAGUUCCCCUCCUCCGCCGCCUUCGACGCCAUCAACGAUGCGCUGAACUCGAGCGAGGCCGACCGCAAGGAGGCCGUCAGCCAGGGCAAGGCCAUCUUUGCCUUCACCCUCAAGAACUCUGCCGGCGAGACCGACAGCUGGCACAUCGACCUCAAGGACAAGGGUGCCGUUGGAAAGGGCGUUGGCGAGAAGCCUACCGUCACCCUGUCUCUGUCCGACUCCGACUUUGGCAACCUGGUCCAGGGCAAGGCGAACGCCCAGAAACUGUUCAUGUCUGGCAAGCUCAAGAUCAAGGGCGACGUCAUGAAGGCCACGAGGAUGGAGCCCAUCCUGAAGAAGGCCCAGUCCAAGGCCAAGUUGUAA